AUGCAAAAUACACAGUCUCCGCUUCCCCUGGCCGAGGAGCAGUCUGCGAAGCGCGCCAAGAGGCCCCGCGCUGCGCAGGCGUGCGACCGAUGCAGACUGAAGAAGUAUAAGUGCGAUGAGCAAUAUCCCUGCUUGCAUUGUAAAAAAAGCGACCUUGUUUGCGUCUACCAGGGCAAUUAUCGCGAGCGCGAAAGCAGUCGCUCCGCAACCUAUGUUGUCGACCUCGAGAAGAAGGUCGAAGAACUGACAUCAAGACUUCGUGCGGUGGAGGGCGGCUCAGUCGUCAUAUCGGGAACUUCGCCCGCCGCGCCCAAGAUCCCUGGUCAAAACCAACCAGACGGAGCCGAAACAACUCCAUGCUCUAUGCCCCGUAAUGGAUCCACGCCCCGGGAAUUAGCCAAAGUCAACGAGGCACGAGAGCAAUCCACGGAGAGUGCAGAAGACGAGCUGAAUGAGUUCAAUCACCACACGAACGGCGUCGAAUUCCACGGCAGUACCUCCUCCGCGGCGAUUCUAGGCCAUCUGAAAAAGUCGCGCGAGCCUAAGAGUCAUGAAGAGCCGUAUCCACGUGCGGCUGAUUACUCGCUCAUCUCGACACUGCACAAUCCCAGCUUUUCGCCUUCUUGCACCGCUGGACCGGGGCAGAUGCUGUCGAUUGAACAGCAGAAUUACUAUUUCGAUCAAGCUCAUAUUUUUAUGAAUGGUUAUUUUGAGAAUAUCCAUUUCAUUCACCCGCUUAUUGAUAAGGAGGAUUUCCUUUUACGCGCUAAUGACCUUUGGUUUAAUCGAUCGCGCGCCCCUGAGCCUAGUUUUGUUGCGUUAUACUUGAGUAUUCUGUCGUUUGGGUCUCUGGUGCGAGUUUGGGAUGAAGGGACCCUGGCUGGCCUGGGGCGUUUUGAAUGGAGUCGGAAGCUGUUUGCUGAGGCGCAGGUUUACUUGAAUCAUCUGAAGUUUUCGAAUGAUAUCGAGACGGUUCAGUGUCUCUACAUUAUGGCCAAAGUCUGUCAGAAUGAGCUAAAUCCUAACCUCGCCUAUAUGUAUCUUGGUCUGGCUGUGCGUACGUGUCUUUCCGCUGGUUUUAAUCGGGAAGUCCCGUGUCCAGGGGAUAACGUGCAACGUGCCGGUUGGAUAUCGAAGACCUGGUGGGGUCUCUUCUCUCUAGAAAUUGAAAUGAGCUUCUCAGUCGGACGACCCGAUACUCUCGGAAUGGAUGAAUAUCACAACCGCGCCAUUCCAGAGCGGGAUGACUCUGAGUUCGCCAUCAUCCCAUGGAUGAUUGACUUUGCGCAGAUUAUCCGACGUGUAUCCGUCCAGAUUUACCAUUCCCGCAUCUCAUUGCAAGAGAAAUUACAACUUGCCCUUCAAAUAGAGAUGGAAAUGGAUCGAUGGCUUGCACGACUGCCUGAAAAGAUUAAGCCAGAUAUUGCUGGUUACAGAAUGUCCCGCAGUGCUCUGCGUGAUCCGAAGUGGGCACGGAGACAACGGCUUGUUCUUGGAAUUCGGUACUAUAAUGUCAAAAUGCUGCUCUUCAGACCCUUCUUGAGCCAUUUCACUCGCAAACUAAGACAUCCGCCAAACGAAUUGGACCAGACAAUCGACAAAUGUCUGGAUGCUGCCAUGAAGACUAUUCAGGUGAUUCACGAUAUCUAUCGAGUCCACACUUUCUUCCGAUGCUGGUGGUACAACACAACCUACGUAAUGUUCGCCACAUCCACCCUCCUCCUUCCUAUGUCCAAACUAGGCAUGAGCAACGAAACAAUGCCGCUCCUUCGCUCAGUAGAAAUGGGGGUGGAAAUUCUCGAAGCAAUGGACGAGUCUGUGGUAGCUCGCAAAUCAGUAGAGAUCAUCAGACAAUACAUCAGGGAUUUCAAGGCUUCCGCUGGCCCUCAACCAACAGCAGGGACGGCAGUGGGCGAUCAAAUCCCCGUUUCCGCCGAACCAAGCCACGGGUCUGGAUUUGAAGUGCCCGAAUGGGCCUACGGCUUCGGUUUCCCAGAUUACUCAUUCGAGGGUAUUGCCCGUCUCUUCGAUGAUAUCGGAGGUCUACCAAUGUUGGACGGGUAA